GAGACUUGGGGGUUGCGCAGUGGAGAGCAGCCGUCCGCCAUCAUUGACACAAGCUAACGUUAGCCGCCUGACAACAACAACCGACACCCACCGGCACGCACCGGGACACACCGGGAGGGGGUCACCAGCGGGAGGGGCUCAGCCAGCGGGAGGGGCUCACCGAGCGGCGCGGUCCCUUUCCGGACGCAGCCGCCGUUCAUGUAGUCUUUAAGCCAACUUGGGGAGAGUUGAGUCGCGUCCGCAGGCCCGAGAAGCUCGAGUCGCCCGCCCUGACUCACCAUGUCCAGCCUGAAGAGCGGCACCAAGAAGGACACCAAGAUGAGGAUCCGCGCCUUCCCGAUGACAAUGGAUGAGAAGUAUGUGAACAACAUCUGGGACCUUCUGAAGAAUGCCAUUCAGGAGAUUCAGAGGAAGAACAACAGUGGACUGAGCUUCGAGGAGCUGUACAGAAACGCCUACACCAUGGUACUCCAUAAGCAUGGAGAGAAGCUCUACACGGGCCUCCGGGAGGUCGUCACCGAGCACCUCAUCAACAAAGUGCGAGAAGAUGUGCUCAACUCUUUGAAUAAUAACUUUCUGCAAACACUGAAUCAGGCCUGGAAUGACCAUCAGACUGCCAUGGUGAUGAUCAGAGACAUCCUCAUGUACAUGGACAGGGUCUACGUUCAGCAGAACAAUGUGGAAAAUGUCUACAACCUGGGCCUCAUCAUCUUCAGGGACCAGGUGGUCCGUUACGGCUGCAUCCGAGACCACCUGCGACAGACGCUACUGGACAUGAUCGCCCGGGAGCGGAGGGGAGAGGUGGUAGACCGGGGCGCCAUCAGAAACGCCUGCCAGAUGCUGAUGAUCCUCGGCCUGGACGGCAGAUCUGUGUACGAGGAGGACUUCGAGGGUCCUUUCUUAGAUAUGUCGGCUGAAUUCUUCCAGAUGGAGAGCCAGAAGUUCCUAGCAGAAAACAGUGCCAGUGUGUACAUAAAGAAGGUGGAGGCCAGAAUCAACGAGGAGAUCGAGCGAGUGAUGCACUGCCUGGACAAGUCCACCGAGGAGCCCAUCGUCAAGGUGGUGGAACGGGAGCUCAUUUCCAAACACAUGAAGACCAUCGUGGAGAUGGAGAACUCUGGCCUGGUCCACAUGCUCAAAAACGGCAAAACAGACGACCUCGCCUGUAUGUACAAGCUGUUCAGCCGAGUGCCAAACGGCCUAAAGACCAUGUGCGAGUGCAUGAGCGCCUACCUGAGGGAGCAAGGCAAAGCUCUGGUGUCGGAGGAGGGAGAAGGGAAGAACCCUGUUGACUACAUCCAGGGCCUGUUAGAUCUGAAGACCCGGUUCGAUCGAUUCCUCCUCGAGUCCUUCAACAACGACAGACUCUUCAAACAAACCAUAGCUGGGGACUUUGAAUAUUUCCUCAACCUGAACUCCCGCUCCCCAGAGUACCUGUCGCUGUUCAUCGAUGAUAAACUCAAGAAGGGAGUCAAAGGGUUGACAGAACAGGAGGUGGAACUGAUUCUGGACAAGGCCAUGGUGUUGUUCAGGUUCAUGCAGGAGAAGGACGUCUUUGAACGGUACUACAAGCAACAUCUGGGCCGCCGACUGCUCAGCAACAAGAGCGUCUCCGACGACUCUGAGAAGAACAUGAUCUCCAAGCUAAAGACGGAAUGUGGCUGUCAGUUCACCUCUAAACUGGAAGGGAUGUUCAAGGACAUGAGCAUCUCAAACACCACCAUGGAUGAGUUCAGGCAACACUUGCAGACCACGUCGGCCUCUCUGAGUGGUGUGGACCUCAUAGUGAGGGUCCUAACAACUGGUUACUGGCCCACCCAGGCCGCCACGCCUAAAUGCACCAUCCCCCCGGCACCGAGACACGCGUUUGAAGUCUUCAGAAGGUUUUACCUCGCCAAGCACAGCGGCAGGCAGCUCACGCUGCAGCACCACAUGGGCGGAGCCGACCUCAACGCCACCUUCUACGGAGUAGUUAAAAAGGAGGACGGCUCGGAGGUGGGCGUGGGCGGCGCCCAGGUGACGGGAUCCAACACUCGGAAGCACAUCCUGCAGGUCUCCACCUUUCAGAUGACCAUCCUCAUGCUCUUCAACAACAGAGAGAAGUGCACCUUUGAGGAAAUCCAGCAGGAGACGGACAUCCCAGAGCGAGAGCUGGUGCGGGCGCUGCAGUCCUUGGCCUGUGGGAAGCCAACGCAGCGAGUUCUGACCAAGGAGCCAAAGUCCAAGGAGAUCGAGAACGGCCACGUGUUUACAGUGAACGAUACGUUUACCUCCAAGCUGCACAGAGUCAAAAUACAGACAAUUACCGCUAAACAGGGAGAGUCGGACCCAGAGCGGAAGGAGACCCGGCAGAAAGUGGACGACGACAGGAAGCACGAAAUCGAAGCGGCCAUCGUCCGAAUCAUGAAGUCGAGGAAGAAGAUGCAGCACAACGUCCUGGUAGCAGAGGUGACUCAGCAGCUCCGGGCGCGGUUCCUCCCCAGCCCCGUGGUCAUCAAGAAGCGCAUUGAAGGACUAAUAGAGAGAGAAUACUUGGCCAGAACGGCAGAGGAUCGUAAAGUGUACACUUACGUUGCGUAGAAGACGGACUGUGGACGAGACUGGACGAUGUUUUCCUUUUCUUUAGUUUUUUUUUUUGGACGGUUGUUACGCAUGAACUGGAAGUUUGUUUUAAAGAUGAGAGCUGGAAACCUGAUUCACCAUCCCGUACACAAACAUGAAAGUGAAAAA